AUGGGCAAAGGCGCGCCCAAGGGCAAGUCGUCCGCAUCGUCGGCCACACGCAAGAAGCAGGCCAGUAAGGCCGCCAAGAAAGUGGCUUACGAGCGCGACGAAGAUGGCAACCUCCUUCAUCCCGAUCUCGUAGAGUCUCUCGAAAAAGCCAAGCAGCGUGGCCCACAGCGCGGACAGAAGAAGGACAAGUCCAAGCAGGACGGCAAGGGCGGGAAGAAGGGCAAGGUCGAAAAGAAGAAGCAGUACAUUCCGCCUCCUAAACCACCACAGCCGCUACCUGACCCGCUCGACUCGAUGGGCCUUGCUUCCUUGCUCCCUGCCGACCUCGUCGUUCUCUUGCGCAAAGCAUCAAAGAAGGAUGUCAUCACAAGAUGCCGUGCUCUGGAAGGUUUGUUGGCUUGGGUUGAGGAUGCGCUGGGCAAGUCUCCAUCCUCUUCGGCAACGCUCGAAUCGAACGCCGAGGCGUCCAACUUGAGCGCCGACGAAAAGAGGGACGCACUCGUCAUGAUGCUUCCAAGCUGGGUCCACCUGUUCCCUCGCUUGGCUUUGUCUCCAACGCGUCGCCUACGUCUUCUGACCAUGCAGAUCCAGUCAUUGCUUCUGGAAAAGCCCCAAACGUCUUCGCAGGAAGUCUCAUCGACAAGAGCCGAGCUGCUGGAGUCGCCCCAAUAUAUCGAACCUAUUCUUGGACCUUGGGCCAUUCUGUGCCACGACACGGAUCGCACCAUCGAACGUCUCGGCAGGUCUGCUUGGAUCGAUUCAUGCACAUGGAAAGGGGGCGCAGGUGCUGACCUCCCCACCGAAACUGCCAGCGCUGUCGUGCUGGAUCUGAACGAACACUGCGAUCUCCUGGUAUCCCACCUCCGCACCAUCCUCUUGUCGCCCUCGCCAUCCUUUGCCUUAUCCAUGACUUCCGCUCAUGCUGUCGCUUCCAGCGACCCGGCCAUGUCCCGAACCUCGUCAGGCUACGCAACUCCAUCGCUGAAUGCAGGUGGCGUCGAGCGAGACGCCAAGAACCGAGACGAUAGCAAUGUCGAAGAGGAUACGGCAGCACUGGACAAGCGUCUCGUCGCCGGUGCUCUCGCCGUGUUGAUCUCGAUCAUUCGGCAGCAACCAUCUUCCGAGGUCACGGAAAGCUUGCAGGACGUGCUGUCUUCGAGGCUUGUGUGGGCCUCUCUGUCGCCCCACAAUCUGGCCUCCUCCUCCACCGCACGUCCAGAGAAAGCGGUUGUUACGUCCUUCGGCUUCGACUCGCCCGCCGUGCGAUCGCGGGCAUGGACGCUGCUUCGAUCGCUAUUGGACGUGGCAUCGAACAUUGUCGAUCAGCACGUUAACAUUAUCGGUCCCGUGGCCAUGACCUCGGUGUGGUCCGAGCGCGACAACGCGGUUCAGCGGAUCACCCUGGAUGCAAUUCUCCCUCUUCUGAAGAAGCGUCCGCAAUUAUGGCUUAUGGGUGCGAACCAGUUCAACAGCGCUGCGCUCAAGGAAAAAACAGGCAACGCCGACAGCAGUGACGAUGAGGACCAGGAGGGCGAGGAGGAGGAGGAUAGUGACGACGAGAACGAAAACGAUGACGGCUCGGACACCGGUACAGACGAUCCAGAAAAAGGCGCCGCAGAAAGUCACGCCUUGGUCGCUCGCUCAAAGCCUCACUCCUACAUAUCUUUCCUACAAUGGCUGCAAUCGGCAUGCGGCGGCGCUCCUCACCUUGGUUAUUCAGCCGUCGUCGUCUUCAUCUCCACGAUCCCAGCAGAGAUCCUUCCUCACGACGACUUCGAUUCGGCUUCGGAGCUCCUCAGCAACUUUUUCUCAGCUCUGUACAGCCGCCCUCUGGACUUUGAUCCGGUCGGCUGCCGGGCCUUCUUUGCAGCCUUCACCGAAUGUGUUACCUAUAUGGCCCUUCGCAUGCUUCGUGCCCCUUCUGGUGCAGGCAAGGACAACGCAGCGUCCGCGGCGGAGCUGAUACACGUGCACUUCGGCGCAGCAUGGUCGGAACUCGUGCUUCCAAAACCAAGCGUGCUUUCUCGUCUCGGCACAAGCUCUGAAGAUCAAGACGGGGAUGAAACUUCGCGAGCUCAGCGAAUCAAAAGCAUCGGCUCGACACGCGUCGUCUCUGAUCUCGCCGUUCAGGUGCGUCGAGCUGCUCUGGCUGCCCCCGAAUCUCAAGUGCAUAGCCGUUUUCUUGCCGAGACGGAAGCGGACCUGGUCGAAAUCACACAUGCUCUGUCCAAUGCGAAGGCAGUCGAUGAGUCGAGCGCCCGCACCUACGUCCUUUCCGCUCUCGAACGAGCAACGUCCUUCUACGCAGCGUUGGCGCCAUCCCAGAACCAGCCAGGCAGUGUUGAGCUUCGACGCGAUGCAGCGAGGAAUCUCGGAAAGGCGAUCAGACUUGCGGCGUCAGGCCUGGUUGGCGUCGCCGCGGAUAUCGACGUGUCGUCCAACCUCAAGCACACGCGUGCGACCCUGCUUUGCGAUUACCUCUGCCUUCUGUUGAGGUCUGCUGUCAGCGCCCCGGAUGCUUUGGAUGCUGCUACCUCGCAAGCGCUCGUCAAGGCUUCCAUUGAGUCGGUCCCACAGCUCAUGGGGACGAAGGCGGUGUCGCCAACGUCCUCUGCAUCUUUCCUGGCUGCUUUCCUGCCUUUGUGCGCAGACAAGCAGGCAUGCGCGUCCAUCUGGACCGCAACGUUGUCGUCCGUGGCUGUUCUUGGCGAGCUGCAAGAUCGCGUUGACGCCCUCAGCGAGCUUUUUGUCGCAUCCGAAGCUGUCGCCAAGGCAGUCGAGGCAAGUCACGCGGAACAGGCUCAGCUGCCUCGGCCAUCCCCGGAGGCUGGCACGGAGGAGCUCGCAAUCGGUCUGGUCACAAGCCUUUGCGACAGCGCUAGCUUGCCGAACGAGCUUCGCUACCGCCUACGUAACGUGGUCGCAAAGCUCCUAUCCAAGUCAGGGUCCUUUGUCGAUGCAUCGUGCGUCCAGUCAAUGCUGUCGAUCAUCUGUUCCACGAUUGAGCAGCUGAGGAACACACUCCUCGAACGAUCACGUACGGGCGAAGAUGGACAAACCCGUCAGAGGGCUGCCGCUGUGACGGUGGCGGAUCUGCUGUCCAGCUUGGAUACGUGGAUCGACGCCCAGAGUUCCAAAGCCGAAGCUAGGCGUGUUCUCCGCAGCGCCCCCUUCGCAGGUGUACUGACUGCUGUUUCAGAGUUGAUGUGUCUCGAUGCGAAUGUCCCGAACGAUGAAGCCGGUCGCGCAGACGCCUCCACGUUUCGAGAUCUCGCCUGGUCGGUUCUCACGCACGUACUUGAGGGUAGCUCCGAGGAGGAGAGAAAAGAGAUGCGCGACGAGGAGAGAUCUAGCCUUCAGGAUCACUUGCUCGACAUUCAUGUCCCUGUCGCUGCUCUCGUGGGUGCCGCCGGGUAUGACAACGUGCCGCUUCCCGAUCCGCAAGAGCUCCGCGAGAUGCUGCUUAAGGCCUCUCGCCAACAGGCGCAUCCAGCUUUGCUUGUGUUCGACCCUUUGGUUCCCCAACAUCAAGCGUCGGAUAUACCCUCUGCAACCUCGGACUCACUCCUCGACGGCCAAGGCCUCGGCAUUUUUGCGCGUGUCUGCGCUGCUGUUCUCCAAGUCUUUGAUGAAGACCGUGCAGGCGCAAAGCAAUACGUGCAUCUGCUCCCGUACGUUGUUCUCCUCUCCAUUCUCAUCGAGGACGACUUGUUACUUCCAGGCACAUCGAAACACGCUUUGGAUUCAUCGAUGGCUCCCGAGGUACAUCGUGGAUGGCUGCGAUCCUCCGUCACUGUCGUCACAGCUCUGAUUUCCUCGCUCAGCAAUACUGUCACGGAGAACUGGCACAACGACAUGGUUGCUUCGCUGCAGCGCUCCAGCCCUGUCGAUGCCGAAAAGGAUGGCAUCGGUCAUGUGCUUUCUGUUGUGUGGAAGAUGGCGUGUGAACUCGACACAUCGAGCAGCUACCUUGCCCGCGUCUUCCACCGUCUUCUGAAUGCUGCUUUCAACUUUGGCACUGUUACGGAAGCAGGCGCGGAUCGAUGGCUCAAGCUCGGCGAUGCAGUGCAAGACCGCAUGCCCGCAAUGUCUUCUGCCAUCUUCCAUGCGGCCAAACCGAUCGCUGGCUCGUCUCCCACCUACGACCGCCUUCGCAACGGCGCCGCUGCCAAGCUUGCAGGUCUUGGGCCUGACACAGCGGAAGAACGCGUCCUGCAUUCUCUCCGCACGCUCGUAGCUCUGGCUCCUCCCGAAGAUUCCGAGUUACCCAUCAUCCCACAGCAGCGUGCCAUCUUCUUACUGAAAGACCUGCAAAAGUUGUACUCCAGCGAGGACAGCAAAGAGUAUCCUGCGGAGGAGACGUGUACUCGUCUUGCCGAGCUUUUCAUUCACCUGCUCCCCGUCGUUCAGGAUGUGCAAGGGAGCCAUAUCGACUUCAUAUUUGACAUGCUCCUGACCAACCUGGAGUUCUGCUCGUUAGCCGACGACGCGACGGUGGCGCAGCUCUACCACAAUCUGCGUUUGCUCGAGACGGUUCGCGACCUCGCUUCGCGCAACGCUAACCUGCGCGAGUAUUGGAAGGACCGGAGCGUCGAAUUAGUCGACCUGGUACGCAAUCAGUUCUUGUCGCUUCCUGGACUGCAGUCGAUCUCGGCUCCCAAGCAGGCGUGCAUCGACCUCAUUGUCGAUCUCGUCCGGGAGACGUCAGAGUCGCCGUUCAAGCUGCACGAGACGGCCGGACCGCUGUGCAAGCUUCUGGUGCAGAGUCCAAGCCAUGAGGUGCAGGUCAUCAGCUACCGUUUGCUGAGUGGGGCCAUUCGAGAGCAUGUCAAGGAGCUGGUGGUGGAAUCGGCGGUGGACCGAGAAUCGCUGGCCACAGAAGAAGGCCAAAAGAAGCUGAAGCUUCCCGAAGCUCUUGUCGCUAACAUAAGCGAGAGCCUCAGCGGCCAGCUCAACCUCCUGGUGGAGGAAGAAGCUGCGCGUCGCACCGGCUUUGGCUACUUCCUAUCCUGGAUCGCAGUCUUCGAGCACUUUGAGGGCGCCUCUCUGUCCGUCAAGUCUGCAUUCCUGGGAGAGAUCGAAAAGCGCAACUUGCUGGUCGAGUCGUUCUUGCCGACCGUCUUUGCGCUGGUCGGACUAGCAGAUGAGAGUCGACGACCUUUCGAUCCUAGCCGCUUUGCCCUGGAAGAAGUCUUCCUAGAUCAGGUCGAUGCCGAAUCGUCGCUCACGGUGCUACAGGUAUUGGCAGCGCACGUCUAUCUGCGCUCGCUCAUCCACAUGCCCACCACCGUGCGCGGCUGGUGGGUCGACAUCAAGGAUCGACAGCACUCCAUGCAAAUCGCAAGCUUCACCACACGUCACCUCUCGCCGAUCAUCGCCAACCGCGAGCUUUCGCAUCUGCGCGAACCGGAGGCUCUUUCCAAGCUGCAAGACGAAGCAUUGUCGAUCAAGAUUCUGUCGACGAACGAGGUGAUUGCCACCUAUGUGGUGGACGAGCAUCCGAUGGAGAUCGGCGUCAAGAUUCCCGCCGACUUUCCGCUGCACGGCGUCGAGAUCCGCGACAUCCAACGUGUCGGAAUCACGGAAGCCAAGUGGCGCUCGUGGCUCCUGGCCGUGCAGCAGCUCAUCACAGGCCAGAACGGACUGAUCUUUGAUGCGCUCAGCCUGUUCAAGAGGAAUGCAGAGGUGCAGUUCCAGGGCUUGGAUGAGUGUGCGAUUUGCUACUCGAUCAUUUCGCCCAUGGACAGGAGUCUGCCGACCAAACCGUGCAAGACGUGCAAGAACAAGUUCCACGCUGGAUGUUUGUUCAAGUGGAUCUCGACUUCCGGCGCCAGUACGUGUCCCUUGUGCAGGUCAAUUUUGUAA